AUGAAUAUUCUAAAAAGUGCUUAUUCAGAGUUACAUUCCAUUGUUCGAUAUAUACCGAACAUUGAUUCGAAUGAAAAAGAACUUUUUCAUGGAAUUUAUUUGACGAAAAAAAUGACAAAAACUCAAGAAAUUCAAUGGAAAGAAAUUCUUGAAAGAAAACAUUUCAUUAAUGAUAAUUCAACAUUUUUGUUCAAUCUUUUAAUGAAUUGUUAUAGAAAAAAUCGUUUGAAUAUACUCUUAAUGAAUAUUGAUUUGAAAAAUACAAGUCUAUCAAAAAAUACAUUUCAAUAUGACGAUUAUGUAAAGAAAAAUUCACUGAUUUCGCAUAUUUGUUUAUCAAAUCUCUGGACUAGACGACGACAAUUUAUUACUGAUGAUGCAUUGAUUUAUCUUCUAAGUGAGUUUGUAAUAGUUGAAUCUUUAAAUCGUAAGAGACUAUUGUUUACACAAUUAUGUGGCACACAGGAAACAUUUUUUAGUGUACCGUAUUAUGUAACAAGAACUGCGGAAGAAAAAAAACGAAAUGAUUUAAGAGUCCAUAAAUUUAAUACAAGAAAACGAACAGUACAAUUUCAUUUACAUGCAACUAAACAAGGACAACAAGCAAAUUUAACUGAUUUAUGUCUAAUGUUAAUCGAUAGAAACAUGAUUCAAUAUCAUGUAUCGAAAUAUGAACGAUUCGAUAUUAAUCAUCCUAUUGAAAAAUCAUCGAGUGGACAAAUGCUUAUCGAUGCUUGGCUUAAAUCCGAUUUUAGUAAAACAUUUUUCAGUCAUCGACCAAAACAAGAACUGGAAUACAUUUGUGAACAUCUAAUGCCAAUAUUCGAAAAGUUUCAAUCAAAUCAUCAUCAAUUUUAUCUUCGUCGUCGGUCUCGUUUACCAUUUUCAUAUGCUAAUCACCAUGUUCCCGAGCCAACUGCUACACUAGACCAAUUAGUACCAUUAACAACACCCAUUUCUUCAGUACAAAAUUUUGUUUCUGUCUGGUUGAAAAAAGUUCUUCCACGAGAACUGUUUGGUUCAGCGUAUAAUCAUAAAUUAUUCGUACAUAAAAUGCGCUUUUUAAUUGAUCUACCUCGAACACAAGAUUAUUCUUUAGGUGAUGCAAUUCGAAAAAUUAAAUUUAAACAUUUUCAUUGGGCAAAAACUUCAAUAAAUUCUUCGUCGCUUAUUUCUCACUUAUAUAUUUGCCAUUUAAUUCAUUUUCUAAUACGCUAUGUUCUUAUAUUGGUUCGUUCAUAUUUCUAUGCUACUGAAGCAUCGUCGCCCUGCCAUCAACUUGCUCUUGUUUUCUAUCGACAUAAAAUUUGGUAUGUUAUACAACGGCAAUCUCGUAUAGAAUUAUUUCAUAAAUCUUGCUCUUCACAUACCGAAAAAGACUUAACUGAUAACUAUGAUUGUAUUCGUUACUUAUGGAAAAUACGUUUUGUACCUAAAGUGGCCAAUGUUCGUUAUUUAGCGUGUGCACAAACACAAUUCAAUACGAAAGAAAAUAUAAAUCAUUUAAAAUAUACAAGUGAAGUAUUGAAAUAUCUUCGAAGACACAAUAGUCAUUUAAUGGGUAUUUCGACAUUUAAUCGAAUAGAAAUGCAUAGACGAUGGCAAGAUUAUUGCCGGAAUGCGCCACCAAUAGAUAAUGAUAAUAUGACUUACUUUUUGAGAAGUGAUGUUUCGAAUUUCUAUGAUUCAAUUAACCUUGACUAUCUUGAUCUGGCAUUAGUAGAAUUUCUUGAUAAUUGUCAAUUUACUUAUGAUUUGUAUAUUCAUACAUUAUAUAAAACUCAAUAUCGUAAGGGGCGUUUUAUUCGUCGAAAAAUCACUUAUUGGGUAGGAAAAGACAAUGAACAAAUGCUUGAAAUAAUGACUGAUUCUACAAAACGUGUUAGCAAUGGAACAUUUCAUGAUAUGAUCAUCUAUGAUGCUCAUGUUGAAAUUUACAAUAAAGAAAAAUUACUAAAAUAUAUUCGUGCUCAAUUAUUCAAUUCUCAUCUUUAUACAUUACAUCCGAAAAAAUUGCCCAUUAAAACUUUUCGUCGUAUAAUCGGCAUUAAUCAUGGUUUAAGAAUAGCGUCAAUGUUAGGACAAAUUUAUUUAAAUAAAAUUGAUUAUGAUAUUAGUUUUAAUAUAUUAUCCGAUGAAUUCGCUGUACGUCAUGAAGAUGACUUAUUAAUUAUAUCUCCACAUCGUUAUCGUCUUCAACAUAUCAAGCAAAAUAUGACAAAAAAACUAGACGAAUUACAUCAUAUAACUAAUUCAUUGAAAACAAAAACCAAUAUACGUCAUAAAACAAUGAAAAAAUUUCGGCCAGUUGAAUAUUGGGGUUCACUUGUUGAUAUUCAAUCUCGUGAAAUUCUUGUUGCAAUAAAUCAAAAUGAUAAUUCAGAGAACAAAGUCACUCCGUUAACAAUUAAAAUAACACGUGAAAUAGGUUAUCAUCUACGUCAUUCAUUAAUCAAUGCAUUAUUUCUUCGUUCGCAUUCAUAUUAUUUUGAUCGUUUAUAUACGUCAGAUAAAACGCUGAUAAGAAAUUUUUAUUUUCUAUCAUGUUAUUUUUUUAAACGCUUACAUUCGAUGUGUUUUCGUUUUGCACAAUUUUAUUCACAUAAAUAUAUUCAAUCGAAAAGUUUAUUUCUAUUUCGUACAAUACGUUCCGGUUUACGGAUGUUAAUUAAAAAAACGUUUAACUAUGAUAAAAAAUCGAUUAAAUUAGUGAACCAAUGUAAAUACGUGUUUUUUUCAGCAUGUAUUCAAUUAGUGAAACAAAAUAGACAUCUAUUUAAUUAUGAAAUGAUUAUAAAAAGAUGCUCGCAUAUGAUUAGAAAAUUUAAAUAUUUAAAUAAACAAAGAAAAUAUGAUAUUAAAAAGAAUUUAUUAGAUCUGAAUAACCCAUUUACAAGCUAA